UCAAGUCGAGAAGAAUAAUAUUUUUUUUCUUUCUAUCACGCCACACCAACUUUUUAUUUAAAGGAACUUUCCGUCUCCGAAAUUAUUUCUUGUACAAAGUCUAAAAGCACAGAACCUCAUAUCCCACAAAGGAUUGCACCACAAUGUCUUCUAUACUUAAACUGAGAGUUAGAUACGCUCCAUACCUCAAGAAACUUAGAACCCCAGAACAAUGUGUUGAGCUUUUUUCUCCAGGUCAAUAUCUUGGAUGGUCCGGUUUCACUGGGGUUGGUGCCCCCAAGGUCAUCCCAACUGCAUUGGCUGAUCAUGUAGAAAAGAACAACUUGCAAGGCAAAUAUGCAUUCAAUUUGUUUGUUGGUGCUUCCGCUGGUCCUGAAGAAAGUAGAUGGGCUGAAAACUCCAUGAUCUUGAGUAGAUCUCCACAUCAAGUUGGUAAGCCAAUUGCCAAGGCCAUUAACGAUGGUAGAACCAAGUUCUUUGAUAAGCAUUUAUCCAUGUUCCCACAAGAUUUAACUUAUGGAUAUUAUACGAGAGAAAAAUCUAAUGAUUUGUUGGAUUACACUAUUAUUGAAGCCACUGCUAUCACUGAAGAUGGUUCCAUUAUCCCCGGGCCAGCUGUUGGUGCUACCCCAGAGAUGGUUUCAGUUUCCGAUAAAAUUAUCAUUGAAGUGAAUACAAACACUCCUUCAUUCGAAGGUAUACAUGACAUUGAUAUGCCUGUGAAUCCACCUUUCAGACAACCAUACCCAUACACCAGAGUUGACCAGAAAAGUGGAUUACAAUCCAUUCCAGUUGAUCCAUCCAAGGUUGUUGCGAUUGUUGAAUCAACUCAAAGAGAUAAGGUUCCUCCAAACACUCCAUCUGAUGCUAUGUCUCAACAAAUUGCCCAACAUUUGGUGGAAUUCUUUGAACAUGAAGUUAAGAUGGGUAGAAUGCCAGAAAAUUUACAUCCUUUACAAUCUGGUAUUGGUAAUAUUGCUAACGCCGUGGUUGAAGGAUUGGCUCUGUCCAACUUCAAGAAUUUAAACGUUUGGACUGAAGUGUUACAAGAUUCUUUCUUGGAUUUCUUUGAAAGUGGAUCAUUGGAUUAUGCCACUGCUACUUCUAUCAGAUUAACUGAAGCUGGAUUUGAAAAAUUCUAUGAAAACUGGGAUACUUACACCAAGAAAUUAUGUUUAAGAUCUCAAGUUGUUUCCAACUCUCCAGAAAUCAUCAGAAGAUUGGGAACCAUUGCUAUGAAUACUCCAGUUGAAGUUGAUAUUUAUGCUCAUGCCAACUCUACUAAUGUCAUGGGAUCUAGAAUGUUGAAUGGAUUAGGAGGUUCCGCUGAUUUCUUGAGAAAUGCCAAGUUGUCUGUCAUGCAUACUCCAUCUGCUAGACCAUCCAAGACUGAUCCAACCGGUGUUUCAUGUAUUGUUCCAUUUGCAUCCCAUAUUGAUCAAACUGAACAUGAUUUGGAUGUUGUUGUUACUGAACAAGGUUUGGCUGACUUGAGAGGGUUAUCACCAAAGGAAAGAGCCAAGGUUUUGAUCAAUAAGGCUGCUCAUCCAGAUUAUAGAGAUCAAUUGAAUGAUUACUAUGAAAGAGCUGUCUUUUAUGCCACAAAGGCCAAAUGUUUGCAUGAACCACACAUCUUACGUGAUGCCUUUAAAAUGCAUUUAAAUUUGCAAGAUAAUGGUACCAUGAAGUUAUCAUCUUGGGAUCAAAAGUUUUAAUUCUUUAUAUAUUACUCAGCAAGCUGAAAAUAACUAUAAAUUACAAUAGAUUUAUUAUAAUGUAG